AUGGCAUUACUUUCGGCUCUUUUGUUUUGGGUAGCACUUCCUUCCACGACCAUGGCAGCUUCCACGGUCGACGACAACAGCAACCAUUUCUUUGUCGAUCCGUGGGACAUUUACCAUCCUUUGGAUGAAGGGCUUUGGCGAGGUAGCAGCAGCAGCACCAAUGACCCGAAAGGAGAUGUCCUGCAAGAAGAAGAUGUUACAAUCGAUGGUCGAUGGGAAGGUCUUCGCAACAAUUUACGUCUGGCAGAAAUUGACAGCAUGCGUCUCUUGUCGAGGCCUCCACUGUCACAUCACAAUGGCGGCGUCAUGAAACCCCUAUCCUAUUCCAUUUUUCAGACCGGCAAAUCUGCUCUAAGCAGUUUGGAUCCAAUCGACAAAAAUUUGAUACAACCAGGUCGUCUUUUUGGACUGGAUUACAAGCACCAACUGACCGGUGCUCACUAUCGAGCUUGUGCCGCCCUCCUGUUGCUACGUGGGUACAGUGAUGCGGCCCAUGAGAUUUUGUUGGGAGUGACGCUCGACAACCUGGAAGACGCCGUGUACGCUGCCACUCAUCGAGGGCAAACCAACUGGGCGGAACAGCAUCCCUUAUCCGAUGGGGCAGAUAUUUUGCACGCUGCCAUUCAUCGCCUCGUAGAAGGGAACGAUCUGGGGGAAGGAGAUCAAACCGGAUACGACAAUGCAAGAUACUGGUAUGCGGGGGGUCCCAAAUUGCUGGCUACACCGGCGGGUCAUCCAGUCCGAACCGCAUUGGCCAGAAUUGCACAAGAACAUACGCCCCGCUGUCUGAAGGAAGGCAAUGUGGUGGCAGGGAGUGCUGGAGCCAAGCAUACCGUCUUGUCCGGAGGUGGCAAGACUCGGACCGUAUCGAUAUCCUGUGGUCAGUGGGAUGACUUUGCGUUUUUGGAGCUCUGUCAAAAGUGGGACCAAGGUGCUUUCCACAACGAUCGAGAUAUGGAGGACGAAGUGGCAACUUUGCAACGAGCAGAGAUUAUUUUGCUAUUGCGACACGAGCUCUUUCGGUGUCUUCGGGGCAAUGGCAUGUAG